AUGGCAGACUCUGGAGCCAACGACGAGUCUAGAGAAAAUAAAGACCCCAAGUCAGCAAAUUGGAGUCCAAUCGGUGACAUUUCUCACACGCCUGCUUCGACGAAUCAGCCAUAUCAUACUGAAGAGCAAAUGGCUGGAAACCGACCGACUUUUAACCGUGGAAUUCUUGUUUCAGAUGCCAUGGCCAAGAACUCACGUCAAUUGUUGUAUGCCCAUAUCUACAAUUACCUUAUCCAGCAUAAAUAUUACAGCACAGCUCGUCGGCUUUUAGAUGAGGCAGAUGUGCCACUGUCUAAGCCUUUUCCCGAGGAUAAGCCUAAAAGCGACGAGCUGCUGCACGCAAAAAUGCUUAUGAACUCGAGGGACACAUUCUUGUGCGAAUGGUGGGAAUCGCUUUGGACUUUACAUGAUUAUGUGGAGACACAGCCUGUGGACAAGAUAUCCAGCAAUCGCUUAUUCCACGAGCCUGUGACUCCCAUUUUGCCGCAACGGCCUCCUAUGAACCAAGGUAUGGCAACUUCUAACCCAAAUUGGUUCCAGCAACAGCAACAGCCACAAUACUAUCAGCAGCAGCAGCAUCAACAAUAUCAGCAGCAGCUCCAGCAGCAAUACGGUCUUCAAAACGGUAUGGGGUUUACGCCGAUGGGAGGCACACAACCUUCGAUGGGUCCUCCGCGCAUGAAUGACUUGAAAGGUGGUAGCUCGAGCGUUACGCCAUCGUCUCCAUCAAGAAAAAUAGCUACGGUAUACCCUCCUGUUCCAACGGCAUCGGGCGUUAUUCAGACACCUGUUGGGCCGGUGGGCUCUACAACUGGUGUACCUCAUCAGGUAAACGUGCAAGGCGGCCAAAUGCCGUUGGGCCCUAGUCCGCUUUAUCCUAACAUAUCGCCUGUGCUGAGAAAUAACCCACCUUCUACGAACGAUCAGCCUUCAGGCUCUAACAAAAAUGUGAUAAAAACACCCGGUAAAGAUUUUCAACAAGCUAGCAUGGUCCCGCAGCCCGUGAAUGGUACACCUGGUAUGCAUGAUAAUGCAAUGCUGUAUAUGCAGCAGCAGCGCGAAAUCAUGGCUGCGAGAGUUCCAAGAGAUGACGAGGGCUUUAAGACCAUCGCGCAACCUUGGAAUCUCAAGCAACAACAAGUACAAGACCAGUAUCACAAAAGCAUGUAUAUGAUGCAACAACAGAAUCAGCAAGAACAACCAAAUCUUCAGCAACAGCAUCCACAGUAUCAACAGUACCAACAACAGCAUCACCCAACGCAACAGCAACAAGCUCAAAAAAGACCUCAGCCUAGCCGAACGUAUUCGCAACCUCUGGUGGCUGAUAAGCAUGCCAUCAUGAUAUCUGGUGGUCAAAAUGGCCUCCAGAAGUCUCAGAAUGCACGUGAUGAAAUGGUUAGACAUGACUUACAACAAUCACAUCACCAGGAUACCACGCCAAACCACCAGGAUGCUUUACUGCAAACCACAUCGCACCAACAGCGGGUUGCCUCACAAAGAAACAAUUCAGGCGCACCUGUUAAUUCUGCCACCUAUCCGAACUCAACCGGUAUGAUGUCUGAUCCAGGUACCGCCGGUACGUUACCAAUGGGCAGUAAUUUAUUGGAUCAACAAAACCAACUGAACAUGAUGAUGAUGCAACAGUCGCCUAGUGCUCUGUCGCCUAGUCUUGUGCCGUCAGCAAGCGGCAACGAUGCAAUGACGAGUACUAAUCAGGAUCUUAUUACGAACGACAAGUUUGGCGAGAACUUAGCUAGCGAUUUAAUGGGAUUUGGAGUUCCUUUACACCCUUCCACAUCGCACCAAAAUUGA